CUCUGGCACCUCAGGAGUUAGAUCCCACAGUCCAGAGAUGUCUGCAGUCCUCUCACUCACCUGACUCCUGAAGCUGGCUGCGUCUCGGUGUGGUGUCUUCUGUAUUUAACCUGUAACAAAUGGCGGGUAAACACGGCUGCCCAUGUUGUCCCAAUACAGAAGAGCCCAGGGCAGUUCCUCUGUCGACGGCCAAAGCACAGACCGCUCUGGCCCCAGCAGACCAGCUAUGGAGCACCAGCAGAGACCAGGCGGUGCGGCUGAGGAUGGAGGGCUCGGGCCCGGCCUCAGAAACCCCCAUUACCGUCCAUCAGCUCUUCAUGGAGACGGUGGAAAAUUACGGGGAUCGUCCCGCCUUGGUUUCCAAAACAGAGGGCCAGUGGGUGACCCUGACGUGGAGGCAAUACUACGAGCAGUGCCGUGCAGCAGCUAAAAGCUUCCUCAAGUUGGGGCUCGAGCGUUACUAUGGUGUGGGGAUCCUGGGAUUCAACUCAGCUGAAUGGUUCAUCUCAGACGUUGGCUGCAUUUUUGCCGGGGGUCUGGCAACUGGGAUUUACACCACCAACUCACCUGAAGCUUGUCAGUAUGUUGCUGAAAGCUGUGAGGCUAAUAUCCUGGUUGUGGAAAACCAGAAACAGCUUGAAAAGAUUCUGCAGGUUAAAGAUCAACUACCUCAUCUGAAAGCAAUUGUCCAGUAUAAAGGCGAGCUGCAGCAGAAAGCACCCUUCCUGUAUACAUGGGCAGAGUUCAUGAAGCAGGGAGAAGACGUGCCUGACGAGCAGCUGGAUGCUGUGAUUGACAGUCUUCGGGCCAAUGAGUGCUGCACCCUCAUCUUUACCUCGGGAACAACUGGCCACCCUAAAGGAGUCAUGUUGAGCCAUGACAAUCUGACAUGGACAGUCCGUACGGCAGCUCCCGGGGCCGGUCUUAAGUACGGUGAGGAGGUGUUGGUCAGCUACCUGCCGCUCAGCCAUGUGGCAGCCCAGCUAAUUGACAUGUGGAUGUGUGUUUGUUUUGCCAUGAAAACAUACUUUGCAGAUCCAGAUGCUCUCAAGGGCUCCUUAGUGAACACACUGAAGGAGGCUCGUCCCACUUGUUUCCUGGGGGUUCCUCGUGUGUGGGAGAAGAUGCAGGAGAAGAUGAAAGCUGCCGGUGCCAAGGCAUCCCCAAUGAGGAGCGCAGUAGCAGGCUGGGCCAAGUCCAUAGGCCUGCAGUACAACUACAGUGUCAUGAACGGGGAGAAUCAGGUGCCGUGGGGCUUCAUGCUGGCUAAUAAUCUGGUAUUUAAGAGGGUCCGUGAAGCGCUGGGUUUAGACCGCUGCAAGCUCUGCUUCACGGGCGCUGCCCCCGUCACCAAAGACACUCUGGAGUACUUCAUGAGCCUGAACAUGCCGCUGUUGGAGUUAUACGGCAUGAGUGAAAGCUCCGGCCCACAUACCAUCUCUUCUAACAGCAGCUACUGCAUCGCAAGCUGUGGAAAGGUGAUGCCAGGCGCCAAGACAAAGCUGGAGAACCCUGAUCAGGACGGGAGUGGAGAGAUAUGUUUCUGGGGUCGCCACGUGUUCAUGGGCUACCUGAACAUGCCGGACAAAACAACAGAGGCCCUCGACCAGGACGGCUGGCUGCACUCUGGAGAUCUGGGAAGACACAACAAGAAUGACUUCCUCUUCAUCACAGGAAGGAUCAAGGAGCUGAUCAUCACCGCCGGAGGAGAGAACAUCCCUCCCGUGCUCAUCGAGGACUCAGUGAAGUCCGAGGUGGCCAUCAUUAGCAACGCCAUGCUGAUCGGAGACAAGCUGAAGUUCCUCUCCAUCAUGAUCACACUCAAAUGUGUGUUGGACGACAACGGCGAUCCCACAGACGCACUGACCCCCGAGGCCUUGAGUUUCUGCCAGCAGCACGACGUCACAGCGACCACGGUGUCAGGGAUCAUAGCCAAUAAGGAGCCAGCUAUCUACACAGCCAUUCAGGAGGGCAUAGAGCGCGUCAACGCCAGAGCAACGUCCAACGCCCAGAAGAUCCAGAAGUUUGUCAUCCUGGAGCAAGACUUCUCCAUCGGUGGAGGAGAACUGGGACCCACCAUGAAACUGAGGAGGCCCAUUGUUGUGAAGAUGUACCAGGAGAAAAUUAACGAAUUGUAUGGAGUGACCACGGAAAAGUAGUAGACUGUAAUUGCACAGAUAAUGCUGAGGAUAGGUGUUCGGAGAAACUGCAGGCAUGUUUAUGAAUGUUCUACUGUGCACAGAGGUCAUGUUGAGAAGUAUAUCAAUCUCUUUUCAACUGAAUGUUAAACCUUCAAAAUACAUUUUUUAUUUAAGGGAAAAAAUCUUAAAAAUCUGAUUGUGUUUUUAAUAGAAAAUUCAUUUUGCUGCUAUGUUUAAAUAAGCUUCAGUUAUUAUUUAAGCUGUUAAAUGUACAUACGGUCUCAAAGCAGCUGUGCACCUUUUGUAAAUAAAUCAUCCAAAUCAGAGCCAAAUCUUGCCAUUUCCCGUUGGCAUGUACAGAUAACUUGUACGGAAAACACUGGAUGGUGUCAUUCAUCUUUUUUUUUACAGUUUUUGAAGGAACUUUUGUUCUUCCACUGUGGCCUGAGAGAUGAAACUCACUUGGACAUAAGCUUACCAGAAUGUUUUUCUGUGUUUGAAGCGGCGAUUCAUAAAGAUUACUACUCAAAGAUUUUACAGCAUUAAUCGCCAAUUUCGUUCUCAGGUUGUGAGAUAAUUCCAAUCUAGCAAAGCUGUAUACAUUCCCCCUAAAAACUGGAUGAAAUAUUUGAUUUAAGAUAAGAAUAUCAAGUUGAUUAAUUUUUCCCAACACAAGUGCAAUUUUAAAGCAUACAUUUUUAUUUGUGCUUCUCCAUGUACAGUUUGACAAAUAUUAAAAUGUUUAUUUUGUGGCAGAUGUUCUACGAUUGUCAAUAAAGAGGGAACGAAUCGACCAAACUUUAAUUUGUACUGUGCAUAUUGGAGGGAUAUAAACCACUGCUCUGCUAAAUGUAUUUAUUUAGCAGGCACAUAUUAACACAUACAUAAACUUUUGAAUGUAAUCAUAUGUAUAUGUUUAUGUACAUAUAGAAAACAAUGCUUUCAGUCCAAAACACUUUGUUUAUUGUGCGUAGUGUCUCUUUUUGGCAAUAAAUCACACAUUUGAAUGUAAGGAUUUACACAACAUUAUAUGUGAAUAUUUUACAUAAUAUUAACCUUUAAAGUACCGAUAUAUCACCAAAACCCCUAAUGUAUAUACUGUGUAUAUGUGUACAACAAUUCUCUUUACUUCUCAGUCAUAUCAGUUUGCAUUCUUAAAAAACUGGUUGUGUUGCUGCGGGAAAGUUUAAGAUAAAGUUACAAUGGCAUUUCUACGAGAAACAGACCCAGUUUCGCUGGACGUAAUGACAAUUUAUCUAAACAUCUUAUCCUCCGGCAUUGUUUUAAAUAUUUAAACUGCAUGUACUGUACAGGGUUGGGCUGCACAUUCACUACUUGACGUCUGACGGAGUGUACUGAUGAUAUCAGUUCAUAUAUCUGGAACAUCCACACACUUGAUAUAGUUUCUUUGAACAGAAAGACGGAUCAACUUCCUUCUGUCUGAAAGAAAACAGCAUUACCCCCAUCUUACCCGACCAACUGAAUGACAACUAAACUUCCACAUUUUCAACCAAAUUUUAAAUGUUUUACCAAUCAUACUACCUUCCAGUAAAUAUAAAACAAAUAUCAAUAGAAGGAAAUUAUACUUUUUUGCCCCAUGACCAAUCCACACAGCUUCCUGCACAUUACUCGUCUGAGGCUGAUUUAACCAUGUAUGUUGGAAUUGUUAGUAAUGGAACUUAAAACAAUGAACAAGCUAAAAACACAUUAUCUUGUAAAUCAAUUGAAACACUGACUUAAAAUGCAGCAGCUAACAGUUUAACCAAGCAGGACCAAUAAAGAGACACUAAUCUUGAACACCCUGAUCAGCUGAAGACACAACGUUUUUAUCUUUGGUAGAAAACAAACACUUUAACGUCACAGCUUUGGGUGUGGCCCUAAGUGUUGCAUACUUUUAGAAAAUAAUUAACAAAAAUGUUCUGCCAUGUGUGUUCUAUUGUCAGUUUAUCAGAGGUCAAAUCAG